AGCCGAUCGUCCUCUUCUAUCCACGUCCCUUCUUGUGUCAAUUCUUAGUCGAGUAGAAGAUUCACUCCCGGCCGGAUCCGUGUCUGUAAGCGAGAGAGAGUGGCUCUGCGCGUGGCUCACGUCUCCGCUAGUGACUCAUAGUCAUUCCGUACGUCUCGUGCGAUGACUCCUCUUCAGUGCCGAUGAGUUAUCCGUGGUCAUCUCAUCUCAUCCCGGCCGAAAACAAGGGCUGAUAAUAUCUUGGUUCCCGAGAACGAGAAGAUGCAGGAAGUCAUGGCGACAGCAACCAGCAAAGGGGCCCUGUUUCCUGCCAACCUCCCACUAGAACUCUUGCGACCAGCGAGGCAGUAUCCCUGGCCACAUUCACCUCCAGAGCUCUCGCCUGAAGACAUGAGGAAGAAAAAGGUGCCCAUGCCUGGAGGUUCCGUGGGUUAUCGGAAGGAGCCAGAAGGUCCUUUUGAAUGUCCGGUUUGUAAGGAGUCGCAAGAUGAUCUUCAGCUGCUUAUCAGCCACAUUCAGGCCCACAAAGUGAAAGAGGAGACAGAAUCGGAGGAACCUUUCGACUGCUGCCUCUGUCGGAAAAGCUUUGGAAACCUGACGGCCUUAGACAGACAUAUGCAUUCUCAUAGCGGUGAGCUGCCUUAUCCUUGUGGACAAUGCUCUUGUGGUUUCACGUCCAAGGGGAACUUGAGCAGGCACGUGAAGUCUGCCCAUGGGACCACAGAAGAGGAAAGGAAACGUUCACCGAUCAGUGAUGAACCCGUCCCGGCAAAAAAGCCUUGUCUUUAUUCCCAUCCGUCCACGAACAGUGGUGCUGCAGAUGAUGAAGACGAGUCCUACAAGGACUUGGACUGUGGCUCUAGCUAUGCAUCAGAUACGAGUUGUCACCCUGAUGAGAGAAGUUCCUGUGAUGAUACUUUGAAGAACCAUCGUUGCCUUAAAGACAGAUCUCACGAGAGCAAUAGCUUGCUACAGGAGAACCCCUUCAAGUCCCACGACCCUAGCAGUCCUAGCAGUGCCUACCAGAGAUUUCAAUGUGAUACCUGCAAGCGUGCUUUUCCAAGUUCCAGUGCCUUAAAACUUCAUUCGUCCACCCAUGAGAACAAGAAGGAAGACGAGGAGGAUGAAGAAGAGGAUGACGACGACGAUGAUGAAUUCUUUAACAUUUUGGAUCUCCGUAGCCGGUCGUCAUCGUCGAAGAGCCGAGAUGAAAUCCCGUCAAAGUUGAAAGACUUAUACAAGCCUUUGUACGUGUCACCGGGAUCUCCGGAGCCCAGUCUGGAGUCGGUGAACACGCCUCCAAAGACGCCCGUGGAAACAUCAGCCGAAGAAUCCGAAGACCUCAGCUUGGAGAUCCGAGAGAUGAAACUCAAAGGGGAGUUCCCAUGCCGCUUAUGUUCCAUGGUAUUUCCGAACCUUCGAGCUCUGAAAGGUCACAAUCGAAUGCAUUUGAACCUGGCACCGUAUCGGUGUAACAUGUGCACGUACACAAGCACCGACAAGAGCACGUUGAUUCGUCACAUGCGAACGCAUAAUGGGGAGCGUCCUUUCGAAUGCAGGCUCUGUCAAUACGCCUUCACGACGAAGGCGAAUUGCGAGAGACAUUUGCGAAAUCGGCAUGGGAAGAAAUCGCGCGAUGAGAUCCGCAACGCCAUCACUACUCAUCAAAUGGACACGGAGCUCCCGUCCAAUUGUGAAUCUCCCUACGGAGAGGUGAUCUGCAGCAUUUGCGGCGCAGACCUCAAAUAUUCGAAGGCGUUGAGGGCGCACUUGAAAGCGAUGCACAGCGAUGCCAUUAUUCUGCCCUACCGAUGCAAGCUGUGCAAUGCCAACUUCUCCACCAGGCAUAAAGUGAGUCUGCAUGCACGAAAAGUUCACGCUCAAGCGUCCACCGACAGGGAAACAACCUUGGUGGAAGAGAACGAAGACGAGCUCGCUCGAAUGGAGCGGAUGAAAUGCUCCGGGGAACCCGUUGUGGAUUGCGAUUCUGACGAUUCCACCGAUCUGAGUCGUUUGAGCGGCUCCGAGACGGAUCUGUCCACAGUUGAGGCCCUCAUUAACCUCUCGCAAUCGGGGAUCAAAGACGACACCGCUGAGUGUGAGCUCAGCAAUAAUCCCUUGGAUCUGAGCAAGAAAUCCCCGUCUGAAGGCAAGGAGGAAGAGAUUCCAUGCGAUUUAUCUAGAAAGGAACCGGAGGGACAAGACCAACAUCCUGCAGAGCAUUCAUCUGAAUUCGGAUCCGGAUCGGAUGCUGAUGUAUCCGCUCCGAACACUCCGUCCGCUUUCGAUCCUCCUACUGCCCCUCAUUUCCCUGCAUCCGGAUUUUUCCCAACAAAAUUGGAAACAGCCUAUCCGAACAUGAACGCCUUGUUUGCUACGCCUACCAUGCCGUUCUACUUCGGAGCCCCGUUCCCCACGGCCGGAAGGUCACCUUUCCCGUUCUUCGUCCCUGCCACGAACCCCUAUGAAAAUCCGACCGCCUUCAUGGAAGAGCUCAAGUCCUAUUACGAGAAGGUCCAACAGAGCUUCGUGACGCCGACAUCGAGCAGCGGAACGACGUGGAAUGACUACGCCUUGGCGUGGAUGUCCGGGAAUCAUGGAGCCGAGGGACGAGGGGAGAAGCAAGAAGUUCCCGUCGCCGUCGUCGUGGAGCAGGCAAAGAAGAAAAACAGCCACUCCGGGGAUCGGAAAGGUGAAGUGGUGACUCCUCAAGGCGCUCCUCCCGACUCCACCAUGAAACUCGUCAUCAAGAACGGCGUCCUCAUGAAGAAACAGAAGCAGAGACGAUACAGAACGGAGCGCCCCUAUGCCUGCGAACAUUGUGCAGCUCGAUUCACGCUUCGUUCUAACAUGGAACGUCACAUCAAGCAACAACACCCCCAAUUCUGGUGCCAGAAACCCCGGGGAGGGCGACGGUAUCCGGGACUCUCUGCGCCGGUCAUCCAACCGUCUUUGCUUCAGAAUCAACCUUCGGUCGGCAAAACGGAAACCCCCCCACAAAACAGCAACAAAAGUAUCAGCAGCAGCAACAGCAACAGCCAUAACCACAGUAGCAAAAAUAACAAAGGAGACACGAAUCCCCAGUCUGAAACUCCGAAACCCAUUUCAGAUAAGGUACGGAAGGCGAUAACCGAACAGCUGAAAUCGAAACGACCUCCGCCAGAUUUGGAAGUAAAGAAAGAAGCGGAGGAAUCCGAGACGGAGGAGUUGAUCAUCGACGAAACCAGGUCCAGGUCCAUGUCGUCGAAUUCGGAGCACGGGGAAACGAGUCCACGUCACCGGAAGAGGAAGGAGAGUACGAAAGAAGACGAGACAGAGACAGGAGUGGACUUGGCGAGUGUAAGCAAACUUCUGGAUCAGGCAAACACGCACAGUUUCCAGCAGUUCUUCAAGCAGCAGGACGAAGAAGAAGACGGACAUUGCAGUGGGAGUGAUAAUUCGGCCAGCGACGACAGCCCAUCGAGUAAAGAAUCCACGACGGAGAAGAGGAAGAGUGCGUACUCCAGUGCACCUCACAAGGUCUCGUGCCCGUUCUGCCUUCGGAAAUUCCCCUGGACCAGCUCCCUCCGUCGACACAUCCUCACCCACACGGGCCAAAAGCCAUAUAAAUGCUCCCAAUGCCCGCUCUGGUUCACGACUAAAUCGAACUGUGAUCGUCAUCUGCUGAGGAAGCAUGGGAACAGCGGGGAAUCCCCAUACACGAUGCGCAAUGUUCCUGAAAGACCCUACAAAUGUCAUCUGUGUCCUAGUUCUACGUUCUCAACCCCAAGUAACCUGAAGAAGCAUCAAGCUCUGAAGCAUCUCAACCUGGGCGGCGCUCACGACGGCAGCAUCGUCAGCAACAACAACAAUGACGCCACGAUGAAAUCCCUGAACGUAACGGCCGACUUCAGGUGUCACAUGUGCGACGAGAAGUUGCCAGAUCGGCAUUCCGGGCUUCAACAUCUUCAGGAGCUACAUCACGACGAGUACCAAGCAUUGGCAGAUGGAGAAGAGACAGAGAGCAUAGAAGACGGGGAUUUCCUGGAAGACGAAGGAAACGGGGACGAAGCGGAAGGGAAGUUGGGCCUCACGUGUGUUCUCUGUCUCAAGCGACUGCCGUGCAUGGAAGAUCUCGCCUGCCAUAUGAAGCUGCAUGCCGGCGAGAAACCUUUUACCUGCGCUCUCUGUGAUGUGCAAUUCACGCUUAAGACCACCUUCCAGCUUCACAUGGAGAAACACAAGCAGGAGGACGUGGAUCUCAAAAUCUCAACUCCCAAGCCCAGUGUGGACCUGAAGAAGAGGGAGAAUUUGAUGGAGAAAAUCAAUCGCUUGAAUCCGGACGUAGGGGGAUGUGGAACAUCGGAUCUCAUCGGGAACUUGCUCGGCAUUCAGGAUCCCAAGCUCAUUGACACGAUGUUGAGCAAGAAAUCCCCUGAUGAUGUUGCUAAGCUUUUGGGCGUCCAAGGCCAAAGCUAGCAUCAUCCUCUCUUUCUCUCACAUUCUCCCUACAUUUUCGCCCUCACAUGACAUUCCAUUGAUCUCACAACGAUUUCUACUGCCUCAGAGAGUAAGCGCCCGUAGGAACGAAACAUCAUGACCUAAAUUAUUAUCGGAAAUUCUUUUUUCUAUUUGUAAUUUAUUGUUCGACUUUCUCCCUUUUCGUCUCCCGAAAUGUAUGGAUGAUGUGCAACGCUUAGGGGAGAUUUCCCACUCGAGUGCGGAUUUUGAUGCACGGAUGGCAUUCACUAAUUGGAAUUUCCCAGUUUGUCCCUUCACAGUUUCCGUCUUUCGAUUGCUCACAUAGUCAAAGUACCAUACUCAGUACAUUCCAGUGUGUAAAGUGAAUAGCAGUGACUAAGACGUGAUCAGAUAUUCUGUACAGAUUUUGGGUUGUGCCUACCUAUAUCAUCAUUUUGCUCUUUUUCCUGUUCGCCUUUGCCACUGUGAGUUGGAUUUGAGAUUGCACCUUGUGAGAGGAUUUUUGUAUCUUUCUCGCCUUAGUUCCCCCGAUUUUCCUUCCAAGAAGAAACAGAGUGUGCUGCAUUCACUCUUGCUAUUAUUUUUGUCAAGUGUGCUACGGUAUCCAAUUUCCGCAUGCAUUCCAAUCGGUUGUUUUGUCUUCAUUCUUCCAGUGUCAUGCCUUCCCUUCUUUUUUCUUGUUCAGAUUGAGCAUACAUUCCCCUUUCUCUUUUCCACCUCCUUCAUAUCAAAUGGGUUCUACUAGUCAGUUCCUUGGAGAAUGUGUUUAAACUGGUUGCUUUUCCCAUCAUUCAGGGUCCCAUGCUCUCGCAUGGAGAGCCGGUCAUUUUGUUGUUCCAGUGCGAAGCUAAGCAUUCCAUAACAUGUCGUCUUCAGGGUCCAGAAUCACUUGAAAAAAUAAUUCAGAAGGUUGUUCUAUCUUUUUUUUCCCUUGCUAUUGCUGGUUUACUAUUGGAUGU